AUGGCUUCAAUAGCGGCCGAAAGCACCCCAGCGGCCGCCGCAGUCGAAUCCAUGGCAAAGACCACGACGAGUCCCUCUGCUACUGCGACAACAACAACAACAACCACAACGACCACCACCCCGACGUACAACUUCAGCUUCACUCCGUUCCUUCGAUCCAACGGGAUCGCCGCCCUCGCCUCCGAGGUCCCCGUCUGUCCGGACUACGCCGCGACGGGCCACUGCCCGCGAGGGCGCAGGUGCGCCGACCGCCACCCGACACCUUCGCAACAGCCGACGUACCACUACGGCCGCCAGAACGACAACUACGUGUGCAAGCACUGGCUCAAAGGCCUGUGCAAGAAGGGGGACGCGUGCGACUACCUCCACGAGUACAACCUGCGGAAGAUGAGCGAGUGCCAGUUCUACAACCAGCACGGCUACUGCCAGAACGGCGACGAGUGCCUCUACGUCCACGUCAAGGAGGAGUCGAGGUUGCCCCCGUGCGAGGACUACAACAGAGGCUUCUGCGAGAAGGGCCCGAGGUGCGGGAAGCGUCACGUCAGGAGACGGCUCUGCGAGUUCUACAUGGCCGGCUUCUGCCCCGACGGACCGAAUUGCAAGUUUGGAGUUCACCUGAAGGGUAGCAAACCCGCCGCCGUCGACAAUUUCGGCAUCAACAACGGCAACGUCGUGGGCGGCGGCGGCGGCGACCUUCAGAAACGGGGCGGCGAUAGGGUGGCGGAUUUGGAGAGGAGAGAGGAAGAUGCGCGAAAGGACUUUGGUUGGAGAGGCGGUAGAGGCAAAGGUGGACGAUGGAGGAAUAAACGUGAACGAAGGGGUUGAGUGGGGGAAAGACAAACGUGACGGAGAAUCAAGAAGAACAAGAUCAAUGGACACGGAAAGGGAGCUUUGUACUACGGUCUACCUUGGACGAACUGCCACCGAGACAAGUCACAUUUCUCCUAUUUUUUUUCUGAAUCCCAACAACAACAACAAAAAAACGAGGAAUCAAUCGUGGGCUUCUGCGACGUUGAAUUUGUUAUAGGAUGAUGGAAACCUUAUGUCCUCUCGGAACGACCAGAUUACAGCAGGUUGCGGUCGUCAACGUCUCCCCACCGGUCAGCGCCGUCAUUUUACUGCGAGGCUGCCGGCAGGGCACACACUGAAGUGAAAGUGAAAGGUUCGUGGCACCACGAACAUGGCACGGAGAACAGUCGAGGUAUCCCUCGGUCGUUUGCAGACCGUGGAUGGGCAGGAUACCACCGCCCGACAAGAUAGCCCCCUUGGAGCGUGACGAAUCAAGUCUGCAUCGUCCAAAAUCUCUUGGGAAUGAUGGACCAUAGGUAUGGGACGAUCAUCAU